UUUUUCUUUUUUUUUUUUUGGUAACGAUGUGCUAAAAUCUCUCCUGCAAACCGUUUUGUAAACAUCAACAAAUGAUGAAACCUUCCACGGCAGAGAGGCUUCAUAAAGGAAGGAUGUUGUGGAUAAUUCUUCUAAGCACAAUUGCUCUAGCAUGGACUACACCUAUUCCCUUGAUAGAGGACUCGGAGGAACUGGAUGAGCCCUGCUUUGAUCCAUGUUACUGUGAAGUGAAGGAGAGCCUUUUCCAUAUACAUUGUGACAACAAGGGAUUUAUAAAUAUUAGUCAGAUAACAGAGUCGUGGUCGAGACCUUUUAAACUUUAUCUGCAGAGGAAUUCCAUGAGGAAAUUGUACACCAACAGUUUUCUUCACUUGAACAAUGCUGUAUCUAUUAACCUUGGGAACAAUGCACUGCAGGACAUUCAGACGGGGGCUUUUAACGGGCUCCGAGUUCUGAAGAGGUUGUAUUUGCACGAAAACAAAUUGGACAUUUUCAGGAACGACACUUUCCUGGGUUUGGAAAGUCUGGAAUAUCUGCAGGCAGAUUACAAUGUCAUUAAACGGAUUGAGAGCGGGGCAUUUCGAAACCUAAGCAAAUUGAGAGUCCUUAUCCUAAAUGACAAUCUUAUCCCUAUGCUUCCCACCAAUUUAUUUAAGUCUGUGUCCUUAACCCACUUGGACUUGCGGGGGAACCGCCUCAAAGUCCUUUCGUACCGCGGGAUGUUGGACCACAUUGGCAGGAGCCUGAUGGAGAUCCAGCUGGAGGAGAACCCAUGGAACUGUACGUGCGAGAUCGUGCAGCUCAAGAGCUGGCUGGAGCGCAUCCCCUACACCGCUCUGGUGGGGGACAUCACCUGCGAGACCCCCUUCCACUUCCACGGGAAGGACCUGCGCGAAAUCAAGAGGAGCAAGCUCUGCCCCAUGCUGUCCGACUCCGAGGUGGAAGCCAGCCUGGGCAUCCCUCAGCUGUCCUCCAGCAAGGAGAAUGCGUGGCCUACCAAGCCUUCCUCCAUGCUGUCCUCCUUCCAUUUCACCGCUUCCUCUGUUGAGUACAAAACGUCCAACAAGCAGCCCAAGCCCACCAAGCAGCCCCGCCCCCGGCCUCCCCCGACCCCCCGUGGCCUGUACCCCGGGCCCAACCAACCUCCCGUGGCUGCCUACCAGACCCGGCCCCCCAUCCCCAUCAUCUGCCCCACCGGCUGCUCUUGCAGUUUGCACAUCAACGACCUGGGCCUGACGGUCAACUGCAAGGAGCGGGGAUUCCACAACAUCUCCGAGCUCCUGCCCAGGCCCUUGAACGCCAAGAAGCUGUACCUGAGCGGGAAUUUGAUCCAGAAAAUCUACCGCUCCGAUUUCUGGAAUUUUUCCUCCUUGGAUCUCUUACACCUGGGGAACAACCGGAUCUCCUACGUGCAGGACGGGGCAUUCAUCAACCUGCCGAACCUCAAGAGCCUGUACCUGAACGGGAACGACAUCGAGCGGCUCACCCCGGGCAUGUUCCGGGGCCUGCAGAGUUUGCAUUACCUGUACUUCGAGUACAACCUGAUCAGGGAAAUCCAGCCGGCGGCCUUCAGCCUCAUGCCCAACCUGAAGCUCCUCUUCCUCAACGACAACCUGCUCCGCACGCUGCCCACCGACGCCUUCGCCGGCACCUCCCUGGCGCGCCUCAACCUGCGCAACAACCACUUCCUGGCGCUGCCGGUGGCCGGGGUGCUGGAGCACCUGCACGCCAUCGUGCAGAUCGACCUGAAGCUCAACCCCUGGGACUGCACCUGCGACCUGGUGCCGCUCAAGCAGUGGCUGGAGGCGCUCAGCUCCGUCAGCGUGGUGGGCGAGGUGCUGUGCGCCAGCCCCGAGCCGCUGGCCCGCCGCGACCUGCGCUCGCUGGAGCUGGCCGCGCUGUGCCCCGCCGCCCUGCGCCCCGCCGCCGCCUCGCCGCCCGCCGCCGCCCCGCCGCCGCCCGCCGCCACCGGCGCGGCCGCCUACGAGCUGCCCCCGGCCGCCGCGGCCGCGGCCGUGCCGCUCUCCGUGCUCAUCCUCAGCCUCCUCGUCCUCUUCUUCUCCGCCGUGCUGGUGGCCGCCGGGCUCUUCGCCUUCGUGCUGCGCCGCCGCCGGCGGAAGCUGCCGUUCCGCGGCCCGCGGGCGGAGGCGGCGGACCUGGGCGCGGUGCCGCUGCGCUGCCCGCGCCUCUUCCCCGAGGGCGGCGGCGGCGGCGGCGGGGCGGCGGCGGCGGGGCCCGGGGAGCGCUCCCCGGAGAAGGCGCCCCCGGCGGGCCACGUCUACGACUACAUCCCGCACCCGGUGACCCAGAUGUGCAACAACCCCAUCUACAAGCCGCGCGAGGAGGAAGAGGCGGCGGCGGCGGCGGCGGAGGCGGCCGAGCUGCUGCGGGGCGGCGGCGAGCGCGGCUUCGCCCACCCCGCCGCCCCCGCCGCCGCGCCGGAGCCGGGCAGCAGCUACCGCACCUUGCUGGAGAAGGAGCAGGAGUGGAGCCUGGCCGUGUCCAGCUCGCAGCUCAACACCAUCGUGGCCGUGCACCCCCAGCACCCCGCGGGCGGAGGGCGCGGCGGGCGCGCUCGGGGCGGCGGCGGCGGCGGCGGGGGAGCCCCGCGGGACCGCGACCGCCCGCCGCCCUGCGCCGUGGGGUUCGUGGACUGCCUCUACGGCACCGUGCCCAAGCUGAAGGAACUGCACGUCCACCCCCCCGGCAUGCAAUACCCGGACCUGCAGCAGGACGCCCGGCUGAAGGAGACCCUGCUCUUCGCGGCCGGCAAGGGCUUCCCGGACCACCAAACCCCCACAAGCGAAUACCUCGAGUUAAGGGCCAAACUCCAAACCAAGCCGGAUUACCUCGAAGUCCUGGAGAAGACCACGUACCGGUUCUGACCGCCGCCCCGCCGCCCGCCCGGCCCCGCCGCCCGCGAGCAGAGGAUCCAGCUGUGCGCUCUGCCCCGCCAGAUGUGCGCGCUGCGGGGCAGGGCCCUUCUCAGAUCAGUAAUCGACGAAGUGCCUUCGCAGACUUUUGCCAGCAGAUGUUAAUCAAUCAUUAUUUUUUUAUACUGAAACUGAGACUUUGACUGUGCCAUGUCUAAAGGUAUAUUAUUAUUAUUAUAUUAUUAUUAUUAUUAUUAUUAUCGGGGAUCUUUGUAUUGAUCCUGAUUAAGUAAAUUCUAUGUCUGUCUCUUUCUCUCUUUUUUCUUUUCCCUUCUCUUUUAUUUUCUUUAUUCUUGUUGUUUGUUUUGUUCGUUGGCUCUUUUUUUCCCCCUUUUUUUUUUCCCUUUUUCCGUUGGCAGUUAACUUCCUUGAUAUUUUCCCUUGGAGGGGAGGGGGAGGGAAGAUGGCAUUUUCUGGCCUGCUUUCUUCUUGCCCAUCAUGGCACAGAUUCUGUACAUUUAUUUAAAAGAGAGAAAAAAAAAAUAAUGCAAAGAAGCAAACGAGCGCAGUUUGCUGCAUGCCUGGAAACUGCAAGAGGGAAGGGAGGGGAGGGUCUUGCUCGAAUGUCUCACUCUUGUCUCUCUCCCUCGCUCGCACGCACACUCCUCACCCUCACCCUCCGCCAGCCCAGCCCCUCCAGGGGGGCUCGGGGGGAAUCCCGGGGGCAGUCCCGGGGGCUGGGGGAAGCCACCCGGAGCCGAGCAGCCCAAAGGAUGUCACCACGUGGCGCACACACCUAGGGGAUGCUCAGUGACACUUCAUCAUGACGCCAUGGUUUUUUUUUUUUUUUUUUUUUUUUUGGAGGACAUCCGCACUUUCCUAAUAAAAGCGACAUGCAAAUAUACAGAGAAAAAAAAAGGAAAAAAAAACAAAACCAAAAGCUAAUGGGCACCUCUCACUAACAGCUUUGUAGGAAGCACUUUUAAUGUUUUCUCUCAUGCAUCCAUACACGCACACACGCGCACACACACACAAAGGUACAACAAUGUGCAUAUAUUUAUUCUGUAAUUUCAAGUGAAUAUAAAUUGUAAAGGUAAUGUUAAAUCAUUGUACAGUGAUGCGUCUGGUAUAGCUUUCCUAAUAAAACGUUUUGAAAAAAAUUGCAGAUAUAUAUAUAUAUAUAUAUACACCCCCAAAUAUAUAUAUAUAUAUAGGAAUACAAAGCUUGAACCUGAAACUUCAGCUUCCUCCACAGAGAUUUCCUUCCCCCCAUAACCUUGAACGCUAUUUUAUUAAUAACAGUUCGAUGCACUGUGAUGUUAACAGAGAAAAAAAAAACCCUGUACAGCGUCUCUUGCCAAGAUACCACCCGAGACUGUCACAAAUCCGAUUUGCGAUCUGUAUCCCUGCCGCACUGUCCUGACAGUUAAAAAUAUCGGGGAAAUUGGGAGCGCAUCCCGCCGGAGCGCUGCUUCCCGGCCUGCUGGAGGCACCGGGAGGCAUCGCAGGGAUGCUGCCGGUGCUGGCAGCGGGGUGAGCACUCUGACAGCUCCCACCCCUCCGGAUUAAACCGCAUUUCCACUUUGGAAAUGGGGGGAUGCGGUCUGGGAAAGCAAAACAUCCAUCCCAGCGCUGCCCUUCUCCCGCUCCCGCUGCAACCGGAGGGAGACCAAAGACCAUGGGAUUUCCCUGCCCGGGCGGGUCCCGGUUGGUAUCUUGUCCGCGUUGGUGUCUUGUCGCCGGCGGUGUCCCUCUGUCCGGCGGUGUCCCUCUGUCCGGCGGUGUCCCUCUGUCCGGCCGUGUCCCUCGGUCCGGCGCUGUCCCCGCGGGUCCCGGGCCGGGCGCGGCCCCUCGCCGCCGCCAGGUGGCGCCCCAGCCCCAGCGCUGAGGGGCAGCGGCGGGGCCGGAGCGCCCGGGCUCGAUCCCGGAUUGAUCCCGAGGCUGAUCCCGAGAUUGAUCCCAGGAUUGAUCCCGGUCUCGAUCUUGGAUUCCAUCCCGGCUUGGAGCAGCUCCCGACGGCGCUCCCUGUCCCCGUUCGCCCGGCCGAAUGAACCCGCGGGCGCCUUAUCCCGGGGCGGGCAGGGCCGCCAUGGGCAGCCCCCACAGCCGGGCGCUGCCCUGAGGGCCUUCAGAGAGUGGGGUUAGUGCAGAAAUACCCAGUGUGUCCAGAGAGUGGGGUUUUUCCAGAAAUACCCAAUGUGCCAGAGAAUGGGGUUAAUCUAGAAAUACCCAAUGUGUCAGAGAGUGGGGUCAGCCCAGAAAUACCCAAUGUGCCCAGAGAGUGGGGUUAAUCCAGAAAUACCCAAUGUGUCUCCAGAGGGUGGGGUUAAUCCAGAAAUACCCAAUGUGUCUCCAGAGAGCGCGUUUUUUCCAGAAAUACCCAAUGUGUCCAUCAGCACCAUCUGUCUGGACAGCGGUCAGGGUGUUUUGUCCAGGCGAAUUGAGGUUAUUCCCCCAAAGGUGCUGCUGGGACCAGGGUCUGUCACCUCCUGGCAGAGGGUCACAGUGCCAAGGUCACCCUCCCUACCGCCUGCCCUUUCCUUGGGGAACACCCUGCACAAUGUGUUUUAACAGAGAUAAACCCAUAAAUAGUUGCUCUCCCCACAAUGUCGCUAUUUACAGCUCUGGGCAGGAUGCUCAUGGUGAGCUUUACUCUUGGAGAGUUGUGUCCCCAGCCUUGGGAGCAGCUGUGUGUGUCUGGAGAUGGAGGGACAGCUCUGAACCUCUGUAAAGCUGGCAUCACCCUCCAUGCCAUCAGUAAAAAUAUUACACGUUGCAAUUUCCUCUCUUGAGUUGAGAUUGUGUUUCCUCACUGCUGCCUUCAGCUCUGACCCGUUGGGGUUUGCUCAUUUGUUUUGCUGAGUUUUUAAUAGACAGUGGAAGAGCAUGCACGUGCUAAGAGUAUUAAACAUGCAAGUGCAAAGGCCAGAUCCUUCUCAUCAUAAUUGUAAUAAUUACAUUGAUAAGCCUACAUGCAAGUGAUGCGUGGAGCUGUAUAAAUCAGGUUAAAGUACAACCCCCAGUGAGAGUGGUGCUGUAUACAUUUGGCAAUGUCCUCAAAACCCCAAGUGUUCAUACUUGUAUCCAAAUAGAGUAAAGCCGGUUGCAAAUAAUGUUUAUAUUUUAAUUAAACUGCAGAAAGGCAAAAGAAUUUCAUCCUUACUAUAGGCAGUAAUCUCGCCCAUGGACGGUGAGCAGAUCUAUUUAUUCAGUGGAAAUAAAUUUGUUCUAUGAGAAUGGAAUUUUGUAUUAAAAGAGAUAAUUUUUGGCUUA